AAAAUAAAAAAGCAUUUGUCUUAUACGUUUUCCUUUAUGCUUCUCAACGAAAAUUCCAACUCAUAGUAUCCACCUUUGCUUCUCAUUCGUUCUCAUUGUUGAUUCGUUUCAGAUAGAUUGUUCUAGAAUCUUCUCGAAUUCUUCGAUUACUCAUACCAUAAUUGCGUAAACAGUUGAAGUUUUUCACUAUGGAGUCAAAGUCGCAGUCAAGGUUUCCGCUGGGUAGACAAUCAUCUCUGGCGCCGGAGAAAGACGGCGUUUCCGACGACUCAGUUACCGCCGGCCAUGGAGUCGAUGAAGGUAUGGAUUCCGGUUUGAGGUUAAUGUACAUGACUAAUGACGGUGAUUUGGAAGGUAUGGAGGAACUUUUGGACUCCGGUACCAGUGUGAACUACAGGGAUAUAGAUGGACGGACUGCGUUGCAUAUUGCCGCUUGCCAGGGUUACGCUGAUGUUGUUGAUUUUCUGCUUAAAAAUGGCGCUCAGGUGGAUUCCAUGGAUCGUUGGGGCAGUACGCCUCUUGCAGAUGCAAUAUAUUACAAGAAUAAUGAUGUGGUCAAGCUUUUGGAAGUACAUGGAGCGAAACCUGCGGUGGCUCCCAUGCAUGUAGAAAAUGUUCGUGAAAUUCCAGAGUAUGAAAUUGAUCCAAGAGAACUUGAUUUUAGUAAUAGUGUAAACAUAACAAAGGGUACGUAUUGUGUUGCUCUGUGGCGUGGAACUAAGGUUGCUGUUAAGAAACUUGGUGAAGAAUUAUUCACCGACGAAGAUAAAGUCAAGGCAUUUGGGGAUGAGCUUGCCUUAGUACAGAAGAUACGCCACCCAAAUGUAGUCCAGUUUCUUGGUGCUGUGACACAGAGUAGCCCAAUGAUGAUCGUCACAGAGUAUCUGUCUAAGGGAGAUCUUCGUGCAUUCUUGAAACGGAAAGGUGCAUUAAAGCCAAUAAUGGCUGUGAAGUUUGCACUGGAUAUUGCAAGAGGAAUAAACUACUUGCAUGAGAAUAAACCUGAAGCAAUAAUUCAUCGAGACCUGGAGCCUGAAAACAUAUUACGGGAUGAUUCUGGACUUCUGAAAGUUGCAGAUUUUGGACUUAGUAAGCUGAUGAAAUUUACCAAAACUGUCAGGGAAGUUAGACCAUUGGCGCGUCAAGAGGAUUCAUGGAGAUAUGUUGCUCCAGAAGUUCUUAAGCAUGAGGAGUAUGAUACCAAGGUGGAUGUUUUCUCAUUUGCUUUGAUAUUGCAAGAGAUGAUUGAAGGCUGUCCACCAUUUUCCACGAAGCAGGAAAUUGAGGUGGCCAAAGCAUAUGUUGCAAAUGAACGCCCUCCCUUUAAAGCUUCACAAAAGUUAUAUGCUCAUGGAUUGAGAAAGUUAAUUGAGGAUUGCUGGAAGGAGCAACCAUCAAAAAGACCGACUUUUCAGCGAAUAAUUAUCAGGUUGGAAGAAAUUAACCGUAUUCUUUUGCAUAGAAGACGUUGGAAGGUACAAAUCUCUCUCUCCCGACUCCCUUCAGUUCGGUAUUUCCAAAGUCUGGUCAUAUAUAAUAAAUCAAGCUUCGGUAUGGUAAAUUCUGCUUCAGUAAUUCGGUAAUUAUGUAUUGAAGGUGGAGUCGGUUUGGCUGUAUAAAUCUUGAAAAGUAGCUAAGUCCAUAUUCAGGCCAAAAUUAAGAUUGAGAUUCUUUUGCAAUCCAAAAGCAUAAAAAGUUUUAGAGACUAGAUCUGAAACUCAGAUUAAGGAUGUAGGUAACCAGCUUUGACAAUUGUUCCUGAAUUGUUUGCCUGAAGCAUGAAAAUUUGUUCUUGAGUUGUUUCCCUGAAGCAUAGAAUUCUUUCAUUAAUAUAAGGAGUUUACUCACUCUUCCUGUAUACUUAAAGACGAAGUGUAGCAUUAAAAAGGAGAAAGGAGGCACUGAGCAUUCCUUCAAUACUCUGAGCUAUAGAAUGUCCUUGUUGGCAGUAUUGGUGAAUUGAUGUUCGUGCUUAAAGGCUGAUAAAAUUAGGUACUUGUCUAUUAUGUAGUACCGCUUACCCAAAUUACCAAAACCGAAUACCAAAAUUCUGAAAUUUACUCCUGAAUUGCCGAUUCCAGUUCAGGGCUUCGUUGAUUUAUUCCACUUUAGCGUCGGUUAUUCUUUUUUUAAUCAAUGACCUCUUAUAGCUGCACGAAAGCAAAAAAAUGAAAAAUAAAAUAAAAGGAAGCUUGGAGGAAAGAAUACCCGCAAAUGUCUUUGUUUUAUUAAUUUAUAGCUACAUGAAGAGAAAAAAGUAUUUAUAAGCUAGUAGAAGAAGUACAAACAAAUACAUAUUCAGGUUUGGCCUUUAAACCCUCUGUUAUGGGAGGAACUUUGGAACAAAAAGUGAAGAAAAUUCCUGUAACAUUCCUUCCAUAGUCUCUCUGGGAAAUUGAUUAUCAACACUUGCCUAUCUGUUCAUUAUAGUCUCUCUGGGAUAUUGAUUAUCAACACUUGCCUAUCUGUUCAUUCUUACUGCCAUGUUUAUUAUUGUAACAAAUGAGGAAUGUUGUGUUUGUACUGUUUUAAACUAUAUAUGAAAACAAAAGGAUAGUCUCGUGCGCUAACCUCUCGUUACUUAGGGGUCCAGGGAAGGGCUGGAACCAUAUUGGGUAUAUGUACACAAUCUUACUACUUGGCAUUUCAGUAAGAAGUUGUUUCCACAGCUUGAAACAAUGACUUUGUGGUUGCAGUACACCACUUAUCAUUGUGCCAAGCCCACCUUCUAUUAAAUCAUCUUUGAAUGAACGCAAAAAUAUAUUUUGACUUCAAUCAGUGCCCAAUGUAGUCAACUUGGCAUUCUUCACAAGUUUUUGUACAGUGUGUGAGCUUCAUGACCACUUUCUCAGCUUCUAAUUGUGUUACUUGCAGGCAUGGGCACUUAAUUUUUUUCAGAAACUGAAGGCCGUCUUGAAGUUUGAUCAUUCAAAUUCAAAGAGUCACUGGUCUCGCCCAACCUUCUGAUGAGAUGUGCUUGCAUUGCAGCUACAUUUUUGAUCGAUUAAUUCUUUCCAAUGUUUAUUUCAUCUUCUUUUUUCUUUCUUUUGGGCGACUAUGGUUUGGAGAGAGGGUGACUAUGGCUUCCAUUGAUGUUCUCUUAUUUUAUUUUUAUUUGGUUAUAUAUAUCUGCAGCAAUUGCAUGUCAA